AUGGCGGCACCGCUGGGAGAAGUAAAGGUUGGCCAUUUGGUUGCAGACUAUGUCUCUAUUUAUGGAAAGGUGGUUGUUCCUCUGGUGGUUUUGGACCUACAGAGAGAAAGAGAACCUUCUAUCCAUCAGGAAAGGUGUAUGCAGCAUCAAGACUGGUGGCAAAAGGACUUGGAAGUUUUAAUAGAGCAUCAGAAAAUAAAAAUGUCUGAGAAAAACAUAAAUGAAGAAGUCAAUCUUCAACAUAGAUCCUCUUGUGACUUGAACUUUUCACAGAAAUUGUGGAAGGACGUUGCUCUCUCUGACUAUGUUUUGGAUCUUGGGUAUGUGCUGGCAGGUAGUUUACAACAGAAAGAAAUAUCUGUUAUGAACUUUGGCACUGUAACAGCUAAUCUUCAGCUCACAGGCACAACCUGGAAUACAGCACAAAUAUACAUUGAACCUGAAGAUAUCCAGGUGGAACCUGGGUCUACCAAGUUUAUUUUAAAAUUAUUUUCAGACUUAGGUACCAACUUUUUAGGAGAACAGAAAAUACCUUUGUUCUUACAGGUAAUAGGUGGACCAGUUUUGACCAUCAACAUGAGAGCUUUUGUGACUUUGCCAGCUGUAACUGUCAACCCAUUUCAGUUGGACUUUGGACCUCUCUACUGUGGUCUGUGUGAAGUUAAGUGGCUGUUUUUAAAGAACCCAGGGCCUAUAAAAUGUGAAUGGUCAUCUGAGGUAAUCUCUGUAUUAGGAAUUAAGAAACCUAAGAAUAUUUUAGUACCACAUUAUGGUGAUAGUGAUCAUAUCAACAAACCAUCUGGCUCUGUGUUUGAUGUGAAACCAAAAACAGGCUGUCUCCAUCCUGAGGAAUGGUGUUACCUACAAGUCAUGUUUACACCCACUUCACAAACUCACUACAAAAAUAAAUUGCAACUGACUGUUUAUAGCAACCCCAAUGUCCAACAUGUGAUUCUUCAAGGAUCAGGCAUUCAGCCUAAACUAAGCAUCACUCCAGAAAGAUUGGAUUUUGGACAGACUCUACCACGGGCCUCACUGAAGACUAUUGAAGUGAAAAUCUAUAAUCCUGGUGUCUUCCCAUUAGAGUUCAGCUGUGUAGAAUUUGAUUAUACACUAGUAGAGGAAAAGAAGGUAGGUAGAAAGAAGACUAUUGAAAUGAAAAUCU